CAUUGUAGAGAGGGAUGAGAGUGCGUGCAGCUUCGGGGUGUGUGUGUGUGUGUGUGAGCCCCCUCCUCCUUAACAAGCUGGUCAGCAGUGCAGGGAUUAGGAAAGCCAGUUCUGCUCACUCACUACGAAACAGAUAGAGACGCUGCAAGGAGCGUGAAUCAUGCCUGACGCGGUUUUCACCGGUUGGGAGUGGAGCCGAAAUUGUGAAAGAUACGGAUAACAGGGAAUAUAGGUCCGUGUGGAUCGAGUCACGUUUGCAGGUUUCUUCACUUUGCGCAGUGAAAAUGUCUCAGGGGCCCCGCUGCUGUUGCCGAUCGGACCCAUCGCAUUAUGCUGCCUCCCUCACAUGUGUUUUAUGUUGAAGAAGAAAAAGUGACCUGGAUAGACCCGCUGGAAGCCGAAGAGGGCGACUGAACACACCAAAGGGCGUGCGGAUAUUCUCUUCUUCUUUUUUUUUUGCCGUGCGGAGAUUUUUUAUUUUAUCUGCAAGUGAACAAGGGGGGAAAAGUUGUGUCUGCCUGCGGGUGUAAAGAGCAAACAUGGGGAACGCAGGGAGCAUGGACCAGCACACUGAUUUCAGGGGACACAACAUGCCCCUGAAACUCCCCAUGCCUGAACCAGGUGAACUGGAGGAGAAAUUUGCAAUCGUUUUGAACUCAAUGAAUCUUCCUCCUGACAAGGCGCGACUGUUGCGACAAUAUGACAAUGAGAAGAAAUGGGAACUAAUCUGUGAUCAGGAACGCUUCCAAGUGAAAAACCCGCCUCACACGUACCUCCAAAAGCUGAGGAGUUAUCUAGACCCAGCAGUCACAAGAAAGAAAUUCAGACGAAGGGUACAGGAGUCCACCCAAGUGCUGAGAGAACUGGAGAUUUCGUUACGGACGAAUCAUAUAGGGUGGGUGAGGGAAUUCUUAAAUGAAGAGAACAAGGGCCUGGACGUGCUGGUGGAGUACCUUUCUUUUGCACAAUAUGCUGUCACAUAUGACGGUGAGUGUGUGGAGAACAACACAGAGGCUGCAAUGGAUAAGUCUAAGCCCUGGAGUCGCUCUAUAGAAGACCUGCACAGAGGAAGCACCCUACCAUCUCCCAUCACUGGGAAUGGCAUCAGCCGAGCUGGGCGACAUUCCACAAUACGCUGCAGCACCCUGCCAAGCAGAAGAACGCUGAAAAACUCCAGACUGAUCUGCAAGAAAGACGACGUCCACGUCUGCAUCAUGUGCCUGCGUGCCAUCAUGAACUACCAGUAUGGAUUCAACAUGGUCAUGUCCCACCCACACGCUGUGAAUGAAAUUGCACUAAGUCUCAACAAUAAAAACCCAAGAACUAAAGCUCUGGUUUUGGAGCUCCUGGCGGCAGUUUGUCUCGUGAGAGGUGGCCAUGAAAUUAUUCUCUCUGCAUUCGACAACUUUAAGGAGGUCUGUAUGGAGACGCAGCGAUUUGAAAAGCUAAUGGAGUACUUCAAGAAUGAGGACAACAACAUUGACUUUAUGGUGGCUUGUAUGCAGUUCAUCAACAUUGUUGUGCAUUCAGUGGAGGAUAUGAACUUCAGAGUCCAUCUACAGUACGACUUUACCAAGCUGUGUUUGGAUGACUACUUAGAUAAAGUUAAGCACACAGAAAGCGAUAAGCUGCAGGUCCAGAUCCAGGCCUACUUGGAUAAUGUGUUUGAUGUGGGUGCCCUGCUGGAGGAUGCAGAGACCAAAAAUGCUGCCCUGGAGCGGGUGGAGGAGCUGGAGGAGAACAUGUCACAUAUGACAGAGAAGCUGCAGGACACGGAGAAUGAAGCCAUGGCCAAGAUUGUAGAGCUAGAGAAGCAGCUGAUGCAAAGGAACAAGGACCUUGAAUCCAUCAGGGAAGUCUACAAAGAUACCAGCUCGCAGGUUCACUCACUGCGGCAGAUGCUUAAGGAGAAGGACGAGGCCAUCCAGAGACAGAGUAACCUGGAGAAAAAGAUCCAUGAGCUGGAGAAGCAGGGCACCAUCAAGAUUCACAAGAAAGGAGACGGAGAGAUCUCAAUCCUGCCUACGCCACCCUUAGGGGUUGAAGGUGUGCCAGCUGCCAUGAUGGGAGGAAACAGUGUUGCGGCUGGUCUGAACCAUGUAGGAGUUGUAGGAGGCACACUUGCUUCCUCUCUACCGCCUCCUCCUCCGCCUCCAUUGCCAGUGAAUGGCACAUUACCAAAUGGACCAUUGUCAAUUCCAGCAGCACCUCCUCCACCCCCACCCCCACCCCCUCCACCCCCACCACCGCCACCAGGAAUGGCCUCAGAGAUGUCAGCCCCUCUGCCUCCUCCACCUCCUCCCAUGGCCCCACCAUUGCCUGGCUGUGGGACACCCACUGUGAUCAUGAACUCUGGUUUAGCAGCUGUUAAGAUCAAGAAACCUAUAAAGACAAAGUUUCGUAUGCCUGUCUUCAACUGGGUAGCCCUGAAACCCAACCAGAUCAACGGGACUGUCUUCAAUGAGAUUGAUGACGAGAGGAUACUCGAGGAUUUAAAUGUCGAUGAGUUCGAGGAGAUGUUUAAAACUAAAGCUCAGGGCCCGACGAUUGACCUCACCAUGAGCAAACAGAUCAUCCAGAAGGGACCCAAUAAGGUGGCCCUACUGGACUCUAACAGGGCAAAAAACCUAGCAAUCACACUGAGGAAAGUGGGCAAGACAUCUGAGGAGAUCUGCAAGGCUAUUCAGAUGUUUGACCUGCGGACUCUGCCUGUGGACUUUGUGGAGUGUUUGAUGCGCUUCCAGCCCACAGAAAAUGAAAUCAAAGUCCUGCGGCAGUUUGAGAAGGAGCGCAAGCCUCUUGAAAGCUUGACGGACGAAGAUCGCUUCAUGAUGCAGUUCAGCAAGAUAGAGCGUCUCAUGCAGAAGAUGACCAUCAUGGCCUUCAUCGGCAACUUCACUGAAAGCGUGCAAAUGCUCACACCGCAACUGCAUGCCGUCAUCGCAGCGUCUGUGUCCAUCAAAUCAUCACAGAAGCUCAAGAAGAUUUUAGAGAUUAUCUUGGCGCUUGGAAACUACAUGAACAGCAGCAAAAGAGGAGCAGUGUAUGGAUUCAAGCUGCAAAGUUUAGACUUGCUACUUGACACCAAGUCAACAGAUCGUAAGAUAACGUUGUUGCAUUACAUCGCCAACGUUGUAAAGGAGAAAUACUCACAAGUUUCUCUUUUCUACAACGAGCUGCACUACGUUGAAAAAGCUGCAGCAGUUUCGCUGGAUAACGUCCUGCUGGAUGUUAAGGAGCUGCAGAGAGGCAUGGAGCUGACCAGAAGAGAGUACAGCAUGCAUGGUCACAACACCAUGCUCAAAGACUUCAUCACACACAAUGAGAACAAGCUGAAAAAGCUGCAGGAUGAUGCCAAGAUUGCACAGGAUGCCUUUGACGAGGUGGUGAAGUUCUUUGGAGAGAAUUCCAAAACCACACCGCCAUCUGUUUUCUUCCCUGUGUUCGUGCGAUUUGUUAAGGCCUACAGGCAAGCAGAAGAGGACAAUGAGCAGAAGAAGAGACAGGAGCAGAUUAUGAUGGAGAAGCUUCUGGAACAAGAAGCAUUGUUGGAGGAAGACCAGAAGUCUCCCUCCCAUAAGAGCAAGCGGCAGCAGCAGGAGCUGAUCCAGGAGCUCCGGAGGAAACAAGUAAAAGACAGCCGGCACGUCUAUGAAGGCAAAGAUGGAGCGAUUGAGGACAUCAUCACGGCUCUAAAGAAGAAUAAUAUUACUAAAUUUCCCAAUGUCUACUUGAGGGUAAGGAAGUCCUCCAGUAGCUCCCCUGUAGUGAUGGAUGUGUCCCAAACCUGGCAAGCAUCUCUUUAUUACCUCCCUUCCUGUUUUACUGUCUGAUUUAGGGUCCUCUCUUCACUUACCUACCUUUCCCUCUGUUUCUCGUUACUGUUCCUCCUUAGCAGUAAAAUUAAAUGAAUACAGUAUCUCUUCUGUAGUUUCUUCAACCUUUUAAUGAAGACAAUGCAUCUAGAUUCCACAUGAUGCAUGGAAGGCUUCUAGAUUUCCUGCAGAGACUUAGAAAAGAAAACCCAUGGCCUGCUUCAGUCAUACCAACAGGUGGUUGACCUGCAGACCUUUAGGUUUUGGUUUUUUAUGUAUGGGUGUGUAGACCACAUACUGCUUUGAAAAAUAGGCUGCCAGCACUCCUGAACAUGUGGGCUCAUCAAAACACACUGACAAGAUGACUGACAGCACUUUUAUCCGCCACCCCAUUCCUGUUCCCAUCCAAUCCUUUCUUCCUUUCCAGAUUUAAGGAAUCAGCCUUACAGACGAGCAGAUGCCGUGCGGAGGAGUGUCAGGAGACGCUAUGAUGAUCAGAACCUGCGGCCGGUGAACAACGGCGAAGUAGUCAUGUGAUGAGGGAAAAUGGCAUGUGGAGGAGGGAUUUGUGGGAGAGGUGGCGAGAGACGCCAAAAGAUGGAGUGACAGAAAGUCUGAUGCAGAGAGAAGGAUGACAAGUGUUUGUAGCAAGAAUUGAAAUGACUUUGUAUAUCUAUAUAUAUGUUACAAAAGAAUACACAAUGUCUUUGCUAUAGUAGCAGCAUUCCACCAUGAAGGACUGGGAUAUGUAUGGGACUGGAUUUAAAGUGUCUGAAAGGUUGAAUCAAAUACUUUUAGACAAGCUAAGUGCCUGAACUUAUUUUUGUGAUCUCGUCUUCUGUUUGUCUGAUGACUGUUUUUGUUAUAACCCCACUUAAAGCAAUAAAACCUGUCCUGGCUUUAAUGUUAAGAUGUGUGAAACUGGACAUGCAGUGGCCUUAUGAGCCAUGUGAAAAGAUGCUACCCUGGAGCUAUAAUGUAGAAUGUAUGGGACGUGUUCCCUUUAGCUGUUACAGAUAUUACAUUUUUACUGAUACGUUUGACACUAGUAUCAGGUCACAUUCCAGUUUGCUUGUUCAUUCCUUUGAUAUACAUAUGCACAAGCUACACUUUCUUUUUUAAACAUCACAAAGCUUCCCAUUAUUAAAAAGGGCUGAUGAUCAGGCAGUCUUCAAUAAAUAAUUAACUCUAUAUUUACAAGUUAGAAAAAUAAGAACUGGGGAAAAUACCCUUAAAAUACACCAUGCUAAUGUGAAUUGCAUUUAUUGCAAACAUCUUCACACUGACCUUUCGUAUCAUGUGUUAUAAAUAGGGGGUCAAGCCUGAACCUUUUUAAAACCAAAUGAAAAAAGUGUGCUUUUGUUUGUAGCUGCACAGCUGUGUAUGUGGUUUUGGGAACAAACAUGGACGAGUAAACAAGUCUGUGAAGAAAAGAGCAAUUUUCUGCAACAUUGUGAAACUGCAUGAGAGAUUCAACAGAAUACUGGAUCAUCUCAAUAUUAAAACUGGACAUAACUUUGUAUCUCCUAGGUUUUUCCAGGUUGGUAAUAAUCUGGGCUACUGUGUUUCCUUACUUUACUGUAACUAUAAUGUAUAGUAUUUAACCACUGAAAAGGUUCAUUGAAGCUUGUGUUUUCAUCUUUUGUCCAUAGUCAUAAAAAAACAUGACAAAAGUACAUAACAAAGGGUUUCUUUGUACAGAUAUUUUACUACAAACCAUGUUUUUGUCCCUUUUUUGUUUUGUUACUUAACUCACAUUUACCAGAGGGUUAAUAUUGUACAUAUUGUUUAAACAAGUUUUCAUUGCCUUGUGCUAUACAACUUGAAUGUUUAACUUAUAGUUCUUGUUUCUAUUUUUAUGUAUAUUUAAUUAAGCCAAAUGCAGCCAGAAAGUGACAGUAGUGGGUUUAACUGUAACGUCUCACUGUGUUGCAGUAGGCAGAGGGUCACGGGAACAUCACUGUCAGCUAAAUGUUUUGACUUGCUAACUUUUUUGACCACACUAACCAUUAAAACUGUUUGCUGACCUGCAAUGUGCUGUUUUGCCUCACAUGCAAUGCCGUUCAGCUUCUUUUCGCUCCAUGUUGCUGUCAUUGCAUUAUAUCGUCUCAAACCGAAUCAUACUGGCAUGUUUUUUUUUUUUGUUUGUUUUUUUUUCACAAGAUUUGUAUUUUAGACAGUUUGUUCUCAGAUCAAAAAUAACAAGCUUUUUUAAAUUAGUUGAUAUGAGAUUUUCAAAAAAUAUAAUAAACUAUUUACAA